GUCAGCAGCCAUGGCGUUCUGCAGGGCUCCGCUGCGGCGCUUCAGCGACGAGCCGCCGUGCAACUCGCUGCGAGGCUCCCGUGACACGAAGCCUUCAGCUGCCCUGAGGAGUUCUGCAUCCUCGGAACCUCAUCAGCACGUUAGGAAGCAGAAGAGUGAGACAAGUCUAGAUGAUGAGAAGAAAACAACUGCCUCUGGAACUGGAAGGAGACUUGCAUCUCUGGGAUCACUACAGCCGGUUAGUGGGAGUCUGAAGCCUAGAAAAGAUCUUAUCCUUAUGAGAGAGAAAAAGAAACAGAAGACGCUGGAGAAGGAGAUUCGUGCAUUAGUGAGAGAACGUGGAGAGCAGGAUAAAAAACUUCAGGCCCUGGAUGAAGACUUUGUGAAGAUGGAAGCUAAGCUGAGUGCUGCAGUUCAGGAGAAAACAUCUCUUCUGGCAAAUGUUGCUUGCCUGAAAAAACAGCUUCUGGAAUUGACAAGAACCAAUGAACUACUAAAGUCUAAGCUAUCUGAAGAUAGUGUGCAGAAGAAAAUGAGCAGUCUAUGCAUGGAAUUAAUGAAGCUCAGAACCAAGAGGGAUGCUAAGGAGAAGACUGCACUUGCAAAGCAGGAGAACAUGGAAAUGAAGCUGCAGGAAGUACAAAGGGAUCUGGAGCAUUCAAAAGGAAAAGUAGCACUACUAAAAGAAAAACUAUCAGCUACAGAGAGAGAGAAAGUGGAAGAUAAGUCUGACACUGAAAAACUCCUGGAAUACAUCACAGAGCUCAGUAGUGUUGCAGAAGCUGCAGAGAAAUAUAAACUAGAUGUUGCUCGGAUGGAGGAGACAUUGACCAAGAAAGACAAAGACAUUGAGAUCCUGAGGGAAGCACUCAGAACAAAAGAGGAAGAAUCAAAUACACUUAUCAGAGCUCUUAAUGAAAGGUGUGAGUUGCUUGAACAAGAGAAAGAGAGGGAGUCGUCUGAGAGCAGAGGGAAAGUCCUGAGUAUGAAUGCUGAAAUAGAAGCCCUGAAAAAACAAAUUCUUGUAGAAGAGCAAGAACACCAAAAACUGCUUCAGAAACAAGAGGAGUUGAUCUCUCAGCUGCAGCAAGAGAGGGAGAUGUCUGCGUCUAUGCACCAGAAGUUACUAAAUCUUCAAGACGAGGUAACAAGUGAGAGAUGUCUCCUGGAGGAGGAGCUGAAGUGUGCAAUGAAUGAACUGGACAAACUACAUGCUAAGGAGAAGAAAGCUGAGAAGCUGGUGAAGCUGUUGGAAAAAGAAACCAAAUCUAAAGCCCUUGAACUUGCACAGAUGGAAGUGAAAUUAAAAGGGAAGAAUGCUGAGUUGGAGCAAAUCAAGGAAAGGCACAGCAGUACAGUUCUGCAAAUCCAAGAAGAGCUUAACAACACAUUGCAUAAACUGGGAGAGAAUGUUGCUGAGUUUGAAAGCUACAAGACGACAAUAGCUGAAGAAAUACGCAGUCUUACACUGGAGAACACUUCUCUGCAAGAACAAGUUGCUGACCUGAAAAAAACAUGUGAAGAUAAUCUACAGUUGCUCCAGGAAGCAGAAUACACUAAAGAUAAGGCAAAAGAAGAGUGUGCGAGGAUGAUUUUAGAAGCCCAGACCAAGCUUGCACUAAAAGAAGCAGAAGCAGAGAGAACAAAAGAGUCUUGCCUCAUACAAGUGACUAAACUACAGGAAAAACUGGAAGAGCUAACAGAAGAUCUGAAAAAGAAGUCUGAAGUGGAAGAAUCAAGGAAAACUGUACAUGAAGACGUGACCUCUAGCUUAAAAGAAGAGAUAAAGACCUGGCGUAAUCUAUAUGAAGAACUGCAUAACAAAACCAAGCCUUUUCAGCAACAACUAGAUGCAUUUGAAGCAGAGAAAAAUGCUCUCUUAAAUGAGCAUGGUGCAGCCCAAGAAGAACUGAAUAAACUAAGUGAAGCAUAUGCUAAACUACUUGGCCACCAAAACCAGAAACAAAAAAUCAAGCAUGUUAUGAAGUUGAAAGAAGAUAAUACCCACCUGCAGCAGGACAUCUCAAAACUGCGUGCACUUCUUGCAAAAGAGAAACAAACAAACAGAGAUCUGCAGGAGCAACUAUAUACAAUUCAGGGCAUUAGGCACUUUGAUCCUUCUAAAGCAUUCCAGCAUGAUAGCAAGGAAAAUAUUCCUCCAAAAACUCCUUUUAAAGAAGGUAAUAGAAACAAAGUUUAGUCUCUUCUCACUGUUGAGAAACAUAUCACCAGUAUACUCUCAUACUGCAGAAGAUUUCGAUGGACUGUUCAAGGUGAACUUGGGUGCUAUCUGUAAUAGACAUCGGUGUGAUUAUUUGGGAAGUGAUAUAAAGCUAUCAAUUUUCAGAAAAGCUACUUAGUCAUACCCUUACUUGAAGACAGCAUAGCUGGCAUGUUCCUGGUAAUAUCUCUGUAUGACUGGUACGACUCCUGGUAAUAUCACCGUAACUGCCGCUGUUUGACUCGCUUUGUUUUCAGAAGCUACUUAAUUUGUUUUCAGCAGGUCAGCUUGAGUUGAGAAAAGGUGAAUAAUCAUUAGGGAAAAAGGAUGACAAACGAAACAUGCUUUUGUGAAUGUUUUUUUUCUAACUAUCUGGUUUCUGCAAUUUAUGUUAAAUUAAUUAUGCUGGUUAUGGUUGCUUUGAUGCUAGUGGCAGGAAUGGUUUCUAAAAACCCUUUUUCCUUUGUGGCUUAGGUAAUAUAGAUCAAAUGUAAAAACUGUAUUUUGUAGUUGGCAUGGAUAUUUUUAAUGGGAUCCAUAUGUAAGACAUGCUGACUUAAUUCCUUGGGCUGGAUAAUGCUAACUCGCUUCUUCAGAAAAGGAUUUCCAGGUCCAAUUCAAAACAACUGCCUCAUCCACCUAAAUGCUUGUAUCGUGUGGCUACGAUAAGUGUCCAAAGGGGACUCUGUUUUACAGAUGUUGUGCUCAUAAGACUUAAAUGGUCAUGGUCUUUUUAGCUGCCUGUCUUAACUGGUCUUAUGUGAAAGAGAAUACCAACAGAACUUGGUUUGAGUGAGAAGAUGCCUGCUAUAAACUGAUUGUAUAGAGUUGCAUUUUUGGCAAGGUGGAAGUAAUUGGAAAUGCAUCAGAAAUCAAGGCUAUUUUAGAAUAAAUAUUUUCUAUGA